AUGUGGCUCAAACCGUUCGGAGGAGCUGGAGAACACCGAGAAACAGUUAAACAAGUCCUUACGACGGGGCAGUGGGUUUUGCAGUAUCAAAGCGACCAGUUAAUUCUUAAAAAUUUGAAAAACGACGCAUUCCUAAAUGGGAAGCUUGGAAAGAGCGUUGCUGAGAGUUUAAUCGUGGACAAAAAUGCAAGCCAGCGCUCGUUGCGGGUUCAAUGGAGCAAAUCGUCCCUUGGCAUCGCCCAAGAUGAUGACUUUGAACGAUGUGUUAAUGUGAACUGGGGUUCUGUUGAAUCCGAUGAGCUUACCGAAUUCCUGGAUUGCUUUAAUCUCGAAGGGAUGCAUUGGUAUGGAGGAUCUGAAUUGUAUAAACAAGAAUGGCCUCUGGAAAAAGCGAGCAUUGACAUGAUGCCUUUUAUCCCAAGCGAUACCAUCCUUGGUAUUGGCCGGGGUAUGAGAGUCUAUGGUACAGUGCUGGAGAGGUACUGGUUUACCUCAACCGGGAUGGCUAUAUUAGUUAACGAGUCUGUUCCUCUUCACGUCAGUGUUAAUUCCAGUGGAGAUAAGCAGUUAUGUCUAAAAGCUGACUAUCAGGACUUUCCUUCUACUUCCGUGCCCCUGCAUCUAGCGUACAAAAUCUGUGUUGGUGAUAAUGUUAAAGAAAUCCAUCAGUUUGUUAUGAAGAAUUUUUUUCAGUACCCUUCUGAUAUUCCAGAUGAAAGGAUGAUGAAAGAACCCAUCUGGUCAACCUGGGCACAGUUUGGGAAAGCUGUAGACCAGGACAUGGUAAUGAAUUUCACAGAGAAAAUCAAAGAAAGUGGCUUGCCAUACAGUCAGGUGGAAAUUGAUGAUAUGUAUUCAACCUCCUAUGGAGAAUUUGACUUUGAUCCAAAAAAAUUCCCAGACCCGAAAUCAAUGAUUGAAUCUCUUCAUAAUGACAAUUUUAGAGUGACCAUAUGGGUUUACCCUUUUGCUAAUACAGAUUCUGAGGCAUUCCAGCAAGGUAUGAAGUACUGGGUGAAAGGAAUUGAUGAAAGUGUUCCUGGGCUUCUACAUUGGUGGAAUGGUAUAGGUGCAGCUGUAGAUACAACAAACCCUCUGGCAGCUUUCUGGUAUAGGAGCAGACUUGAAACGUUUAUUCAUGACUACAAUAUUGAUGGCUUGAAAUUUGAUGCAGGAGAGCUAACUUACCUACCAAUGGGAUAUCACUUGCACACUUUGCAGGAUAACAGUCCAGACUUCUACUCUGUGAAGUAUGCUGAGAUUGCGGCAGGUUUUGGCAAAUUGAUUGAAGUGCGUGUUGGCCACCGGACACAAAACCUUCCCAUUUUUGUGCGUAUACUAGACAGGUCAUCUCGAUGGGAUGAAAACAAUGGUUUACGAUCUGUGAUUCCUACAACACUUACCUUUGGAAUCCUUGGCUAUCCUUUUGUCUUGCCUGAUAUGAUUGGUGGAAAUGGCUUUCAGCUGGUUGUGACAGAAAAUGGCAACUCCUCAAUGCCAGUUGGAAAACCUGAAAAUGAGCUGUUUAUUCGCUGGGUCCAAGCAAACGCCUUUCUUCCAGCAGUGCAGUUUUCUUUCGCACCUUGGGACAUUGAUAACCAAACUGUAAACAUAACGAGAAAUGUUCUUCAGCUGCGAGCAAGGAUGGCUGAUUACAUUGUUGCUUGUGCUAAAGAAGCAACACAGUCUGGAAGCCCAAUUAUUCGGCCUCUGUGGUGGGUGGCACCAGAAGACCCCAUUGCACAAGAGAUAUAUACUGAGUUUAUGCUUGGAGACAAGUAUUUGGUUGCUCCAGUGCUAACACCAAUGGAUGGAAGCAAUGGAAAGCACCUAGUUUAUCUUCCAAAAGGAAUUUGGAAAGAAGAAUUUGCUUUCAAAAGGCAGAUCAAAGUGACAUCUAGUGGAAUGUGGAUUGAUUACACUGUGACAAUAGAGGACUUACCUUAUUUUUCUUUGGUCUCAGAAUAA